UGCUAGCCACACCCCUCUCUGUGACUCUGCCUUUGGGCUCCGCGCGUUUUAAUCCGAUGGUGUCCCCACGGGAUCAAAUUUCAGCGUCAUAGCUGGGGACUGGCUUCGCGGUCCCUGAUGGGAGAGCAUGAGCAGGUGCAACCCUCUUCUGGUUGGCCUACCCCUGGACCCUGACUAUUCGGUGCCUCGCUACUGUUCACCUUCCUCACCUUCCAACGUGUGUUUGUCUGCUAACAAGAAGUGUGACAAGUGCUGUGAAAAGACCUUGGAAUAUACAUUUCACUGGUCCAGGACCCCGGAGGCAGAGACCUUGGAGCCAGCUGCACCUGAGAACACAGCAACGGUUGAAGCCCGGAGGCCAGGGAGGGACUCAGGGCCUCAGUCACAUGGGUCUCCCCCGCUCCCCAGUUCAGACUCACCAGAGCACUGUAAUGACCAGGACCUUCCGAAGAGGAAUCCCAGCAACACUAAGAAGCCCUUGGAGACCUGCUCUUCUAAAACCAAAGUUAAGUCCACAGUAAUGAUUCCCGACUGCCAGAAGCUUCUGAGAUGUGAACUGGAGUCACUCAAGAGCCAGCUACAGGCCCAGACCAAGGCUUUCGAGUUCCUAAACCACUCAGUGACUCUGUUGGAGAAGGAGAGCUGCCUGCAGCAAAUCAAGAUCCAACAGCUGGAAGAGGUUCUGGGCCCCACCAGCCGCCAGACAGACAAAGAGGAACACAAGUGGGAUGUGGAGGAGGGACGGCAGGAGCUAUAUGGGGCCCUGGCUCAAGGCCUGCAGGGGCUGCAGAAGACCCUGCGCGACAAUGAGGAGGUACAGCGGGCCCGAACCACCCGCUGCCUGCAGCUGCUGGCCCAGGAGAUCCGGGACAGCAAGAAGUUCCUGUGGGAAGAGCUAGAGCUGGUGCGGGAGGAAGUGACCUUCAUUUAUCAAAAGCUCCAGGCGCAGGAAGAGGAGAUCACGGAGAACCUGGUGAACAUCCAAAAGAUGCAGAAGACACAGGUGAAGUGCCGCAAGGUCCUGACCAAGAUGAAGCAGCAGGGGUAUGAGACAUCCAACUGGCCGGAGCCUAAGGAGUUGCCACCAGGAGGCAGUGGCUCCUGGAGGGAUGACCUCCAGAAAGAGCUGGGUGACAUAUGGGCUGCUGUGCACGUGCUUCAGAACUCCUUUGAUGACCUCGCCAUAUCCUCAAGGGGCCGCCCCAGGGCCGCAAGCCUCAGGGGUUAUAAGGGGCACCGAUGCCUGAGCCCUCCACUCCCCUCCUGGGACUCAAACUCGGACUCAGACCAGGACCCUUCCCAGCCACAACUCAGCAAGAGCCGCUCCUUCCCACCUGCCUGAGCAGCUGGGACUGCUCUCCCUGAAGACCCCUCCAGAGAGAAAAUAAACUAGCUGAGACCCUCCUUCACCUGUGGACUGUUGCUCCUGCUGCUUCUUAUGACUGAGUGAACCCCCACCCCAGUUUACUACUUACUGGGGAGGAUGUGAAGCCCUCAGGAUAUGUGAGCCUAGGGUCAGGGGACAGUGCGAGCCUGGAUCUAGUAAAUGACAAAGUCAGGGGUCAGACUAUCUAAACAUAAGUGCAUGGACAGGCUCUUCCACACUAGCCACCCACCCUCUUUUCUGGAGUGCCCUGACGAUCCGGCCUGCUGUCCCUACGGCCCAAACGGGGAGAUUGAGGCCCAGAGAGGGAGGGUCGCCGCCCCAAAUCAGGGUCUGACAUCCCACCUUCUUCUUCCUCUCAGCAUCUGCCAGAGUUCUACCUCUCAAGCACCAACCUUCCUUCUCUCCCAAUCUGUUCUAAUACGUCCCCUCCCCCAAGAGCAGCUGAGGCUCCGCCCCAGAUCUCGCUAAUGAGACACCGCGAGGCCCCGCCUCAAGGGUUAUGCAAAUGAUGCUUCCAGAGGCCCCGCCCCUCGCUCCGCCGCGGAGUCUGCGCGGCGCAGCCCGGCAGGCGGUCGGCGUCUUCAUCUCUGCGUUAGCCCGCUGGCCAGCCGUCUGUCUGUCUGUCCCGCCGCGCCGGGGCCGUCUAGGCGGAGCUGGGCUUAGGCGGCGGCAGACUCGACCCGGUGAGGCAGAGGGCCUUGGGGCGCCCCCUGAACCCCUCUCUCGGGCUUCCCAUGCUCAGUCUGUCUGUCUGGCCAGGGUUUCCUUCCUCUGGGUCGGGUCCCCUGCGGGUCCAGCGCGGGGAGGGGGAUGGGAGGCUGCAAGCUGGGCCUUGAGGACCAGGCUGGGGAAGGAGAGCAUGGGGAGGGGACCCCUGUGAGACUGUCAGCGAUUGUGUGGUUCUCAUUAUGUGUCAGUGUACAGCUGUAUGUCUGAUUGUGUGGCUUCAGGGGUGACUGUGUGGUGUCUCUGUGGCUGUCUCCUGUGGCUGUCAUUGUGUGGCUGUUGCCAUGGCUAUCACUCAGUGGGGUGUGUGUGUGUGUGUGUGUGUGUGUGGUGGUGGCUGUGUUGUUGUGGCCACCUUUGAGUGGCCGUGUGACUGCUGUCAGUGAUUGUGUGGCUGUCUCAGUGUCAGUAUGGUUGUUUGCAUAUGACUAUCAUUGUGUGGCUGCUCUUAUGUGUUCCUUCUGAUGGUGUGUGUGGGGCCAUUAUUGUGUUCCAGUGUGUGGCUGUGAUCAUGUGCCUUUCUUGUGUGGCUCUGUGUGCAAGUCUAUGCCAUGGUCCAUGUAUGUGCCCUUAUGUAGCCAUGUGGCUGUGGUUGUGGAUGGCAUAGAGCUCUAUGACUGUUAAUGUGGAUGAGAGACUGUUAAUGUGUGCCAUUAUGUGUCUUGUAAUUGGGGGUGUGAUGCUGUGAUCAGGUCUGUGACCUCCCUCCAUUGUGUAUGGUGAAUCUUUUCUUUGAUGCAGCUCUUAAGUGUGUUGGCAGCCUUGAGUCUAUAUCCUUGAUGGACAUAGACUCGAGUGGGGCUGUGUGUGGGGCUGUGAGGUGUGUGAAGGACUUCCUGUUGUGUCCCAAUAACUCUGUGUGUGUGUUUGAUCUGUGUGGGUGUCUAUGACAAGCUGUGUGCACACUGUGCUGUGUGUGAGUGUGCAGUUAUGUGUGUAGUGGGUGUUGGGCACCUGUCUGAAUGAGCGAGCUUGUCUUGUUCACCACAAGACUGCCACCCAGCACAGCGCCUGAGACCCAGCAGGUCCUUGAUCCUUGGUGGAAUGGACAAAUGCUAUGUGGUAGUGGGUGUGUGUGUGUGUGUGUGGUGUUUGGGAUGGAGACUCUGGCUGGGUUGUGUACUCUGGGGGUGCCAAUGUGUGAUUGUGUCUCUGGAAGGGUGAAGGUGCCAUGGCCAGGUGGGCAUCUUGGGCAUCUGGGAUCUCUAGUGACCCUCAUCCCACAUGUCACAUUGCAGAGCAAGCCAUGUGGUUGGGGCACUGGACCCAGAGUGCCUACCUUUGCCUGCCUGGGCCUCAGUUUUUGCAUCUGUGCAAUGGGCGUGACCAUCCCUGCACUGCUGGUGGCCAGGAGCGGCUUUGAGUCUGUGGGUGUGGCAGCGGCCUGGGGGAAGCCAUAGGGUCCUUUCACAGGUGAGGCUUGGCCUUCAUCAUGGCGGGAGGGAGACCUCAGCUGAAGAGGAGUUUCUCCAUCAUUCCCUGCUUUGUCUUCGUGGAGGUGAGGAGUACAGUACUUCCCCUGCCCAGACCCUCAAGAGGGAGGAGGCGCCUUCAGAAGUGGCACUUCCAGGGUGCCAAUUGAAUGCAGCCCAUCCUUACUGGGGGACUCUUGAUGCCUCACAUACCCUCCUGAGCCUCGGUUUCCUCAUCUGUCAAAUGGGCAUAAUUAGAGUCCCUCUCUCUUAGGGCUGUUAUGAAAGUAAAAUGUACUAAUUCAUGGAAGAGUUUUAGUGUGACUCCCCAUCCACCUUCUUUCUCACCAUGGUCUGUCCUGCCAUUGCCCACUGUCUGUCUGUCUCUCGGAGCCCUGGCCUUGUGCUCUCUUCCUCUUCCCAGUUCCAUCUCCUCUCUCCUCUUCGUUUCUCUCUGUCUCCAUCUCUGAGUCCCUGUCUCCGUGGCCCAGCUCAGGCCUGACCCUCUCUCUCUCUCUCCCUGUCCUGUUUGGGUGGCAGUCUGUGCUGCUGGGCAUCGUGGUCCUGCUUGCUUACCGCCUGGAGUUCACGGACACCUUCCCCGUGCAUACCCAGGGCUUCUUCUGCUAUGACAGUACCUAUGCCAAGCCCUACCCAGGGCCUGAGGCCACCAGCAGAGCACCUCCGGCACUCAUCUAUGCCCUGGUCACUGCUGGGCCCACCCUCACGAUCCUGCUGGGGGAGCUGGCACGUGCCUUUUUCCCUGCACCACCUUCAGCCAUCCCCAUCACUGGGGAGAGCACCAUCGUGUCUGGGGCCUGCUGCCGCUUCAGCCCCCCGCUGCGGAGGCUGGUCCGCUUCCUGGGGGUCUACUCUUUCGGCCUCUUCACUACGACCAUCUUCGCCAAUGCGGGGCAGGUGGUGACCGGCAAUCCGACGCCACACUUCUUGUCCGUGUGCCGCCCCAACUACACGGCCCUGGGCUGCCCGCCACCCUCACCGGACCGGCCAGGGCCCGACCGUUUCGUCACCGACCAGGGUGCCUGCGCUGGCAGCCCCAGCCUGGUGGCCGCUGCGCGACGCGCCUUCCCCUGCAAGGACGCUGCCCUUUGCGCUUAUGCCGUCACCUACACAGCGAUGUACGUGACGCUGGUGUUCCGCGUGAAGGGCUCCCGCCUGGUCAAACCCUCACUCUGCCUGGCCCUGCUGUGCCCCGCCUUCCUAGUGGGCGUGGUCCGCGUGGCAGAGUACCGCAACCAUUGGUCGGAUGUGCUGGCCGGCUUCCUGACUGGGGCCGCAAUCGCCACGUUUCUGGUCACCUGUGUCGUGCACAACUUCCAGAGCCGGCCACCCUCUGGCCGAAGGCUCUCUCCUUGGGAGGACCUGGGCCAAGCCCCCACCAUGGACAGCCCCCUCGAAAAGUUAAGUGUGGCCCAGGAACCCGAGGCCUGCAGGCCGCAUUCGACACCGGCACGGCUCACCCCAUCCAAGCCGCAGAACUGCGCCCGCCGUGGCCACCUGAUCCCCAGCUGCGUGUCCUCCAGGGCUCCAGCCAUGUGUUCGUCGCCCCGUGUGCCCCGCCCUCGACUGAGGUCUGAGCCGACGCCCCUGCCUCUGCCCCUGCCCCUGCCAGCGCCAACCCCCAGCCAGGGCCCCUCGCCCUCCUCCCCUGGGCCUGGGGGCCCUGGUGGGGGUGGUGGCCGUGGCCGGAAGCUGCUGCUGCCCACGCCCCUGCUGAGGGACCUCUAUACCCUUAGUGGACUCUACCCCUCCCCCUUCCACCGGGACAACUUCAGCCCUUACCUCUUUGCAAGCCGUGACCACCUGCUGUGAGGCCCAACACCCACCCAGAAUCUGCCCAGUCCCCAUUUCUUCCCUGCCACGCGUGUGUGUGCGUGUGCUGUGAGUGCCAAAGCCCCUGUCCCCAAACCAGCCAGGCCUAGACAUCAGAGGAUGGCUGGAAGGACACCUGGGCAACCCCCCUCCCUGCCUCUCUUGCCCUCUGGGACAUCCAAGUGUGCAUAAUUGGGAAGUGGGGCCUUGCCUCGUUGGAUCACCCUUUUAAGGGCCAAAGCCUGACCCCACUACUGGUCAUUGCCCAGGCAAUGGGAGCCCCCACAGUUCUCAGAAUUCUAGCCAAAAGGAGUUUACUCCAGCCAAUAUGAGCCUCCCUAUCACUUCUUAGAAGCCUCAGGCAAGAGGGCAACUCUAGUUAGUGUUCAGAGUCUGAACAACCAAUAGGAGUCCUUGGUUCUCAGAAUUUCUAGGGUGGGUGGGUAUGAUUCCAGUCAAUGGGGGACCGCCCAUAUCUAAGCAGGUGCAAAGCAGAGGAGGGAGAUGGGGUCAUCUUUUGUCACUGAGUCCUCUCUCCUCAGAAUCAGAGGGUCCAGCUGGAGGGUGGGGGGCAGGUUCCCCCAUGGCAGGGUCCUUGGGGUACCCCUUCCUCUCUCAGCCCCUCCCCCAUGUGCAAUCUCUCACCCAGCCCAUCCUAACUCCCUACUUAUGCAGGGCUUGCCCCAGUUCAGAAGUUUUGGGGUUCAGGGUGCUGUGUCCCCUCUUGCCUGUGUCCAGGUCACCCCAAACCCUUCUGUUAUUUAUUAGGGCUGUUGGAGAGGAGUUUUUUUUUUUUCCUUAGAACCCAAGCCCUGUUCUUUGCACUGCCCCCCAUGCCUCAGACUUACACAGAUGUGCCAUCAUAGGGGCAUGCGUGAAGCAGAGAGGGCUCCCCACUCCAGGCAGCCAAAGGCAGUGGGCAGGGGAAACACUGCCCCCCCUUUCCUGCCCCCUCCUCAUCUUUAAUAAAAACCUGUUUGUAACAGAAGUUUGGCCACCUGCCUUCCUACCUGUGGCAGGGUGUGGAAGACUUUAAUUUGGGAUCUAGGUGUCAGUGAGGCUGGGUGUGGGUAUACUGUCACAGGGCAAUUGUGGAGAGGCAGCAUGGGGCUAUGGGGUCCCUGACUUGGUUUUAAAUCCUGGCCCAGCAUUUCCUGGCUGUUUGACCUUAGGAAAAUUAAUUAACCUCUCUGUGCCCUUGUUUUUUCAUCUGUCAAAUCCGAACAGCCCCAUCAGCCACAUGUAAGGCACACAAACACACUGUGAGGAACCUCACAUGACUGUCCUCCCCAGGCAGCUAGCCUGUUUCUGACCAUGGGGUGCAGAGGGCACAAAGAAUAGGGUGAGAUGACCCUCAGGGUCCUAAGAGAAGGGGAUGCUGAGGGCAGUAGGAACCUCCAAACUGAACCCCUGACUACACGGCUUUGAGCAGGGGUCUGAUUAUGAGGUUGUGCUGAGAACCAACCUCUGAGAGCCCAACAGAGAGUGGCGAAGGUAGGGACAGAGCGCCACAGACCCCCCCCCCCUACACACACUGCUUCUGAAGGGCUUCAGACAGCCCAUUCAGGGCAUAGGGUCAUCCAGAAACCAGGAAAGGGGAGUCUGUUUUGUUUUCUCAUUCAUUCAUUUAUUCAUUCAUCCAUCCAUUCAUUCAUUCAACAAAAACUAUGGAGCACCCCCUGCAUGCCAGGUGCUGUUCAGUUAGGCACAAGGGCUGCAGUGGUGACCAGAACAGACACAAAAUCCUACCCUCAUGGAGCUCACAUCCUAACAAGAUAAAUAAGCCAAACACAAAACUACAAUUCCAAAUUUCAAGAAGGUCUGAAAACCAAUAUUUUUUCCAUAACUCAUUUGUGGCAAGACCUGAACUGACAUUAGGUUAUUACAGCUUUUACUUAUUUAACUUUAUGUAAAUGUUCUUAUGUUUUGUUGCAGAUAAACUAGAGUAUUUAAUUUAGAGUAUUAAAUUAACACCCAGGUCCAACCAAGGGUGUUAUUCAAUACAUAGAAUUUACACCAUAGUACUUUUUGAAAAUCUGAAAAGGUAUCAGGAUCAAGGAUUUAGGUCAGAGCAUGAGAUCUCUGAUAUGUUAGCUAUUGAUAAGUGAUAAGGUGAAAAUUCAAGCUAGAGAAGAAGUUCCCAUUGUGCCUCAGCAGUAACAAAUACGACUAGUAUCCACGGAUGCGGGUUUCAUCCCUAGCUUUGCUCAGUGGGUUACGGGUCUGGCGUUCCUGUGAGCUGUAAUAUAGUUCGCUGACGUGGCUCAGAUCCCAUGUUGCUGUGACUGUGGUGUAGGCUGGCAGCUAUAGUUCCAAUUCAACCCCUAGCCUGGGAACUUGCAUAUGCCACAAGUGUGGCCCUAAAAAGAAAAAAAGAAAAAAAAGACACUGGGACAACUUUGGGAUGGUGACACAGUUUGCAAUUUAAAGAGGGUGGUCAGGCAAGUUAUUUCUGAGGAGUUGGCACUGGAGAUGAGGUGUGAAAGAGGGAGGGAAGGGAACCAAGCCAAUAUCCGACGUGUGGGGCUGGGGAGCAUUCCAGGCAGAGGGAACAGCAAGAACAAAAGGCUCUGAAGUGGAAACAUGCCUGCUGUGCUGCUGGAGCUGAACGAUGGGAGACACAGGGAGAGGGAGUGAGGGAGGUGGUGGUAUUCCUUGUGGGCCACAGGGAAUGAGAGGGGUGCAUGAGAGGGCUGAAAGCAGAGAAUGGACAGAAUCAUGGAGUCCCCUGCUUCACUGCAGAGUUUCUUUCCCCAGGGCUUGCACCCCCUGAGACCCAUGCUCCCUUAUGUCAUACAGCUGCCUCCACGCAGGCCAGGAAAGAAGCAAAACUUCAGCACAAAGGACAGCGCCCUAUGGCCAAACCAGUUGACGCUGUCCACGGUUCUGAUACUAGGCAUGGGCCACGAAAGGGUAAAGUCGGGGCUGCCAGACACAAAGCAAUGAGAUAGCAGCCCUAGCCUUUGCCUACACACACAUCCCAGGGCGGAUAAUCUUAGGUAUAAAAUCCAGACUAAUGUGUACUUGUUUAUUCAAAAGGCUCUUGAUGUUCCCCAGUAGGUCUCAUAGCCUCUCAAACUCAACCAAAACCAAACUCCAAUUUAUAAUAUGUCAGACUAUGAUCCUCUUGUACUCAAAUUCUCUCUUGGGUCCCCACGGCAUUCUGUGUAAAAGCCAAAGUUCUGCCAGUGCCUUCACCUGGAACGCUCUUUAUCCUUAGCAUCCGUUAUCUCCUCCCUCGCUAGGAUAUCAGUCCCACCAGGACAGAAUCUUUGAUGUCUAUCCACCAAUGAGCCCCUAUGCCUAGAACAAGACCGGGCACACAGUAGGUGUUCAACAAGUGUUUGCUAAAUACAUGAACUGAUCACUUCAGGAUGCUGAUAAACAGGCAGGAGCAUAGACUGUCACUGAGCUGUCCACCACCCUGUCCCCUCACUCUUCAGUCCUGCCUCCUCCAGGGAGCUCCUCUAAGCUAAGGGUCCUUCUGUCAAGACAUGAAGAUGGGAUCCUGAGAAGUGAGGCAAAGAAGUACUACACACAUGAGAGAAACACCUAAUAUCACAUCUUCGCCAAUGUACUCACUCAGCUGCAUUUAGAAGCACCUACUAUAUACCAGGUGUGGUUCUACGAUCUAGGAAGCCAGAAAGAAAGAGGAGCCCUACCCUGGCAGAGCUGACAUUCUAGUGGGAAGAGAGGCAAUAAGGUAAAUACAUAAGGUUGGAAGUGAUGUUAUUUGAAGAGAAACAAGCAGUUAAAGAGUGAAGGGGUGUAAUUUUACACAGGUGGUCAAGGAAAGCUUAAGUAGGUGAUAUAUGAGAAGGCACCUAAACUGAAUGAAAAAAACGAGGGAUAUCUGACAGCUGAAUGCUCUAAACAAGGGAACAACAAGUGCAAAGGACCUAAAACAAGGCUGUGUUUGGCAUGCUCCUAUGUAUAUAACUGUGUGGAACUCUGUGAUACAAUUGUCUCUGCUGGGUGCUUGUGCAUUUAGAGUGCUAUAAAAUUGAGGUGAAUCAUGGGCCUGAGGUGGUACAUUUACAGGGCAAUGUAACAGUAUGUCGUGUGUGUGUGUGUGUGUGUGUGUUGGGGGGAGAAAUGGUAUGAUUGUAUCAGAGUGUGUUCUGGUGUGUGUGCAAGGGAAAGGGUGUGGAGGCAUGAAUAUGGGAAAGAGUAUGUAUGGGAUACUUUGUGUCAGGAUAGGAUAGGGCAGGGAGCAUGUGGGUGAUGGGGAUUCUGAAAGUGAAAUAUAUGCAGAGAUGCCAUGUGUGCAUGCAUGCGUGUGUGUGUGUGUGUGUGUACGUGCCCAGCUGUGUGAGUGGGUGUAUUAUUGGAGGAUGUUGUGGAGCUGUGUUCCGGCCCCAGAGGGAGAGAGAAAGCCCUGGAAAUCUCAGUUCCUCCCUGCCCCUGGGUCUCCUGGCAACAGCACCACUUUGAAGUUACCAGGAGACAGAGUUGCCAGGGCAACAGGGGUAUGAGUGGCAGCUCUGGGGAGAAAUCUGGGUGAAGAGACACAACCACUGAUCACUUGAUCACUCACCUUGUUCCUCCUUCUCUCCCAGUUUCUCAUCAAUCCUACUUUCCUUUCUUCAUUCAUUCCUUUAAGGAGACUAUAUUGAGAAUCUACAAUGCCCUAGGCACUGUUCUGGGUGCUGGAGAUACCAAAGUGAACAUGACAAACAAGGUCCUGCUGUGGUUCUCCCUCAGUCUCCCAGCCCCCUGAAUCUCUGCCUAUUCUCUCCUGUGCCCCCUUUUUGUUGUUUGGUCCUGCCUCCCCCUGUACUACAAGCAGGACUCAAGAAGCCCCCAGGCCAGUGAGGAAGCCAGCUGAGACUCUUCUCACAGACACUAAGAGACAGCUGCUGAUGUUUUGCACAUGAAUGUCCUCAAGCCGGCAGUCCCAGACACAUUUGUGCUGGUAUUCAGGUGCAGAGAGAAGCACAUAGCUCAUCCAUCUCUCUUCUCCAUUGUCAUUGGGUGUUAUCAGCAGAAACACACACAGACACGUGCCUAUCACAAUAUUCCUCUGAGAUACCAUGAGCUACAAUUUACAGGUAAAAAACUGAGGCUAAGAGACUUUAAACAAUGUGUCAGUGAUUAGGACCUGCUCCCUCCAACUCUCAACACUUGUAUUGCCUGACUAGCAGAACGACUCACAAUAGUAGUAUUUGUGCUGCUUCGGCCAGCGGACUCACCAGGGAAGAGCCUUAUCUCCCUCAAAGGCCUCCAUCCCUUCCUCGGACUAGGUUAUUUGCCGCUUCACCACCAGAGGAACUGGGAAACAGCGAUCUACCUUUGAUGAGCAGAGCCUCGAACCAAUGGAGAAGCUAAGUACACUGUGGCCAAUGAGAUCUCGCCUGCGGCGGGAUUAAGGGCAGGAUCGGGCCACGGAUUGGACAGACGUUUGCUGCGAAUGGCGGAGACGCUGAGGCGGGUGCUAAACUCUGGCAGCGCGGCCGGCCCCGCGGAGGAGAGCACGGCUGAGGCCGGACCGCCUUUGCUGCUGCUUGGCGGUCCAGGCUCUGGAAAGACAGCACUGCUAUUCGCGGCGGCCCUGGAGACGGCAGGAGAGGGCCAAGGCCCCGUACUCUUCCUCACCCGGAGGCCUCUGCAAAGCUUGCCCCGCGGGACCCGAGCAGCGCUGGAACCCCUGCGGUUACAG